AUACGUCCAAAAGAACAAGACACAGAAUGGAUGGAGUAACAUCAACUGCUGAAGAGACAAAUGGGAUCAACAAUCAUGAUGCAGUUGCUAAAAUACAGAAGGUGGAGGGACAGGUACAGGCAGGUGAUGUGGAGUACAGGGUGUACAGCAGUCGAUGGUUCAUCCUCUUUGUCUUCUGCUUCCUCAACCUCUCUAAUGCCAUGAUGUGGUUGACCUUUGCUCCAAUCUCAGACCAUACUGCAGAGUUUUACAAGGUGACCUUUGAUCAGGUCAACUGGCUGUCACUGGUUUUUAUGAUAGUUUCUAUUCCACUGGGUGUGGCUGCAACUUGGCUUCUGGACACCCUGGGACUGAGGCCGGGGGUCAUUUUAGCAGCAUGGUUGAACCUAGUUGGUGCCAUUAUUCGGCUCAUCAGUGCCAUCCCCUCCAUCCCUGAGCCUGCCAGGUUCCCUGUGGUGAUCACGGGACAGACUCUCACUGCACUUGCACAGCCCUUCAUCCUAGAGGCACCUGCUAAACUAGCACAACUUUGGUUUGCUGAAAACCAGAGGGCAACAGCAAACAUGAUCGGAUCAAUGUCCAACCCCAUUGGUCUGCUCUUGGCCAAUGUCAUCUCACCAGCUAUUGUGAAAAGUAAAGCUGACUUCCUGAAUGUGCUGGGUGUGUACUGUGCCCCAGCUGGAGUUGGUGUCCUCUUGGCCACCUUUGGUAUCUGCAGCAGUGUGCCACCCUCCCCACCUACAGCCAGUGCUGCUGCCACUUCAGAAACAUUCUGGCAAGGGAUCAAAAAGAUUGUAAGAAAUUUACAGUACUGGAUUUUGUUCCUGAUUUUUGGAAUUGGUCUUGGCCUAUUCAACACCCUGGCAACCAUCCUGGAGCAGGUCUUGUGUCCAAGGGGUUAUGACAAUGUGAGUAUUGCACAUUUUGUUAACCUACAUAACUGUAUAUCAUGCCAACUUACUAUCUUAUCUCCUUACUUAGUAUGCUUAUUUAUGCCUGUGACUAAACAAUGGCAGAGGCUAUUCACAGGUAGACUGGUGCUGGACCAAUUUCUCCAGCUAUCUCUGCAUGGAUCAUGGUACAAGAACAUUAAACAAGAGAUGAAUUAG